UAUAUUCGUCAGGUGGUGCCAUCAGCUGGUCUAGGGGGUUUAAACCACUACUAACAUACACCUCAACAACCUAUAACAACAACCACAACUACUCCACAAGAAGACAUAACUUGACAUGGGCAGUCUCAUCUCUCUAAUUAUGGGAAGUCCAUCGUUGCCAGUAACUAAGAACUGCCCAGUUAUUUACAUCACUGGCUUUUCUAAGUUUUGGCAUUAUUCAGAGAACUCUAGUGAAAUGGCUGUGUGUAUUUUGAAGGAGUUAAAUCUAGAGAAGAAACUUGGAUGCAAAAUUGUCUUUGAUAUUUUAAAUGUUUCAUAUGAAGAUGCAAGCAGCAUUAUACCAAAGAAAUGGAAAGAGUUAAAUCCACAGCUGGUAAUCCAUAUUGGGAUGAAGUGUAAUACAGACAAAUUAAUCCUGGAGCAGGUAGCACGCAACAGUGGAUACGAAUAUAAUGACGUCCAUAGGAAAGUACCGAAGGACAAGUUGUGUAUUCCAGGUGGUGAGGAGGAGAUAAAAUCUGGAAUCUGUAUGGAGACAGUGUCAAAGACCAUAAAUGAGAAUGGCACCAUGAAAUCUGAGAAGUCCACGAAUGCUGGCUGGUUUAUCUGCGAAUAUGUGUAUUACUUGUCUCUACAUCAGAAUAGAUUCAGAUCAGCUUUUAUUCAUGUUCCCCCAAUUAGAGACAAUAUAUCAGCAUCAGACAUUGCAGCUGGUCUUGCUGCUGCUAUAGAGGCCCUUUAUCACCAAGCAUUGGAUUUAAACAACAAGAAAUAGUUGCUCAAAUGGUUGUUCAAGGUUGUGCAGUGUUUUAUACAAGUAGUGAAUGCUCAAAGGUUCUCAAGAAGAAAUGCACAAGAAGUUUGAAAAGUUGAAACGAAUGUGCUGUUGAGUAUGUCCUCGAGGCAUUUUAGAGAUUUUCAGGCUCCUAAGAAUGUGCCGAGAUAUUAUAUUUGUUAUAAUGUUUUAGAUACUAAUGUAUCCAUUACAUCUGCAUUUUUUUGUAAUUUACAAGUGAAUGAUGUAUGUAGCUUCUAACCUGCCAUAGAGUACAAACGAGUCUCGGGCCUCAGGAUGUAAAUGAUUUUGUACUUUUAAUUUUGCCACAUUGUUUUGGUUAGAAAACUGUGCAAUUUGUUCUAUUCUGAGGCAGUUUUGUCCAGUAUUGAUGUUGGUGCAUAAUGUUAGAGUUGUUCGUAAUAUUUACCCGAAUUUACCCCGAGGGCCACUAACUCUAGUGGCCUUGACGAGGACAGGAACCAGGUACCUUGUCAAAGGUUCCACCACUUGCCCAGAUAAUCAUUCCCAGUUGGAUUGAUCUUUUCCAGGUCCAUAUUUAAAUACACGUAUCUAAUACUGGUACUAGUACAGUAGUCUCUUUUUAUUAGAUCUUUUUUUGAAUUUGCAGUUUUGACAUAUACUGUGGAUCAUUAAAUGUCCAAUUCAUUUUGCUGAAAAAACAUUCAUUGUCUUCUUAAGGAAUUGUUUUGUUAGUGUUCAUAACUAAUAAAACUACUUUAUCUGAAUCCCAAACCAGCUGCAGUAUGUAGUAAGAAUGGCAAGAAACCAUAUACAGUAGCACAGUUAGCACUUUCCAACCAGUUGGGACUGAACUCUGCCAAAAAAAGCCAAGUUUGGUUAACUGGGCAUAAUCUUCCACAUAGUAAAUAUUGAAUUUAUCCUUUCAAAAUUUUGCACAGGUUUACUAAAAUCUGUACUAUAAACUAAAGGCUCUGAUAGUUAGAUUUUGCCCUGCACAAUUUCCUCAAAUUCAGGCAGAUCUAUACACCUUCUACAUCAACUGACCAUCAUCCAUUGCUAUACACACUACUUCAUAUUGUUUACUUCCCUAUGGGAAUGCUUGAUCUGGAUCAAUCAUUACCAUUGGUAACUUUGUUUCAUCUCGCAUUUGCUCAUACAGUAUCACUGCCAGAACACAAGCUCUCUUAAUUUUAGCCUGGAUGACUGGUUCCUCUUCUGUAAUUAUGUACUGAUCUUCCUUUCAACAUAAUGUGUCGAGAUCUUGCUUUCACCUUUCAAAGUACAAAGUGUGGCUUUGCUAGCAAUAUUUUAGUAUAGUCAUCAGAGGGAUAUUGAAUUCCACUUCUUUCAGCUUUACUCUGCUCAAAAGGCAUCACAACAUGUUUCCUUUUAAACUUGCUGCUAUUGUAGUUUGUCUUGGCUGACACAUUACCUACAUUUGUUGUCAUGUGGCAGGGUAUUUUGUAUUGUUGGUUUGAGUCAUAUUCUCAUUGAUGGAACUGUACCUAGCUUAUUGGAGGCAAGUGCACUUGUGGGAAGCCGAGGAGGAUAGUUUGUACUGUAGAUGAAUAAUUGAACUUUUUGAAUAAUGGGAGCAUGGGAAGUGGGAUGUCCUCUGAUAAAGAAUCUGACAGCAGGUUAGAGUAAUCCAGCAUGUAAUAGCUAGCACCAUUGAUUUAUAUUUUGGGUAUAUAACUAAUUAUGCAAUGUUUAUAAAUAAAUUUCUCAUUUGAAUUUUGUAUACCCUCAUUAUUUUUUACACUUCACUGUAAUCUGCAAUUGUAUCCUUCCAUAUACAGUAUUUGCUUUGUGCAUUCAGGUAUAUAGUACAUACAAUAUGUGCAGGGAUUGGGAUCAAGAGAUAAUGAAUUUCCCCAUUUUACUUAUCUCAAAUACUGACCUUCAGUAUACAUUUCCCCAUGUAUACUGUAGGUCAGUAUUUGGGAUAAUAAAAAAUUAUAAAUACUUUUACUGUCUUAAUGGUAUUUUUGGUCACUUAUGAAAGUGGCGAGGUUCUCAGAAUAUGAAAAUUUGGUAGAUGGUUCAUUUCAUUCACGUAAUAAGUUGUCCUCGAAAGAGUCCUCCUUUAAAUUUGUAAAUUAAAUUGUUUGCCAGCAUUUAUAAACGUGUGUGUGUGCUUGCAGUGUUAUUGCUGGAAUUGGUUAACAUUCCCAAGUCUUUUUCUCCGAUUACUGUUACCUUUUCCUUAUGGUGUAGAUUCCUUCUGAUCUCCAACCGUUUUCCAAUUGUAGCAUAAGGUAAGAAUUGUUGAUGACAGAAAUGUACAGUACUUCCAUUUACUUUCCUCUUCUUAGUAUCUAGUCAGUGUUUCUUAGACUGUAGCCAGGGCUAAAUGUAAUAAUAUUGUGAUUGUGACCAAGGUUUGUGACUGCAGAAAGGCAUAUUUUGCUAGGCUGAUAUAUAAAAUAAUGUGCUUACAAAAUUAUUUUCCAUUAAUUAAUUACAAAUUGUUACUUGCAAAAUUCAGCUCUGACUGGAUAACAUUAAAUCUGUUUUAUGUGGUGUACAAAUUAGUUUAAUAAAUAUUUACCAAAUGGUAUCUAAUUAUUGGCUGAACCAAAUUACUGUAUUGUAUAAUGAAUAUACUUAUUUUUUUUUUUAAUUUACAGCAGGAGGAGAGGUAGAGAGAAAUUACAUGUUACAGGUAAAACAGGUUACCUUGAAUACUUGUCUGAUCUUUCACAGUACAGUAUUUGUUUUUCACUAGCUCUAGAAUUUUUUAUCAUUCCUGAACUCUUCUGUAAUUUUCAUUGUUUCCUAAGAUGGAAACAAGAUUUUGGCUCAUGUCAGUGUCUUUUGGGUGUGUAUUAUGCAUUUUAAAUUCUGUAGCCUGUACUGAUAUUGUUAAAGUAAAAAUAAAACAAUUCACAUUGUGCUUGUUAGAAGCAAUGGGUGAAAAAUCAUGAAUAGUGUGAUUGUAUCGUGCUGUAACCACCAUGGCAGCCUCUCAUAUGUAAUUUUUUGUAAUUUUUUACCAAUUAUAGAUUUAAGAUAUUCUGUGACUUCUAAGAUCUCUAAACUUCCAAAUGUAGCUAAUUGGUGUUGUCUGCUGUUUUUUAAUCCUAAUAUCCAUGUACCUGCCAUCAUUGGACAAAAGUUGUGCAUUGCAUUCCUAUGAUGUGAAUGCUCAACAUGUAAUGCAAAGUUGGGAAUAGGUUUAAAAGUAGCCUUAGUAACAGAUUUUUAAUGAAUAAAUACCUAGCUGUUUUCAUUUGUUAAUUGGUACAAUUAUUUGUAUUCCAAAUUGUACCCACCCCCUUAAAAUUUCACACGUGCAGUAUUGUACAUGAAAUAGGUUAUGGGUAUUUAUUUUUAAUACAUAUACAAAGUACAAUGUAAGAACAGUAUAUACUGUAGUACCCAAAUUUUCUUGAUGCUUAAUGAGAUUUUUAUACUAUCUUAUUUUAAUACAUAUACAUAGUCUAUAUCAUGUACUGUACUGUGUAUCUAUAUGUACUUAAGUGGGUCUACAUAUUUUAAUGUAUGCUCCAAAUGUGGAGUCGGAUAAUAAUUUAAUAAAAUGACAUAGUUUUUAUUGCUUGUAUUUUUAUCCUUGUUGUCCAUGUAAUCUUUUCAAUCGCAUGGAGUAUGUAAAGUCUUCUGGUGUUCUUCAAAUAUUUGUUGUAUUAAAUGCUCAUCGACUACUUGGGUCAUUUUGUGCAUCAUAUUACAAUAUUUCCCCAAGUACAAUAGACUAUGGAUAGUGCCUUAUGGUUGAGGGGAAUCUAUAGUUUGCUAAUCUAGAGUACAGUAUAGUUAAUUGUGGCUUAUGCAGCUGUUCUUCUGGCCUAAGGCAAGGAACCAAACUAACCUGUAUGGAAAAAAAAAACCUUUAUGGACUUGGAUACAAGUACUAUACAGUAUAAUACAUUUUAAGUUAAAAGGCUUUGGAAUCUGUAUGCAAAUGGGCUACUAAGUAAAUGCAGUUUGGUCUUCAUUGUUCUAGAUGUACAUUAACUAUUUUAUCCAGACUGUACUAUUGGAUAUCUACAUAGGUGGAAAUGUGGACAACAUUUUUCAGCUCUAUGUUGUCACAGUUAUGGCAAAUGGUUUUUCAUCUGAAAUACAACUUGCACUCUAAUAAA